CGUCACAGCGCGGCUGGGCGGACCGCCCACUGAAACUCGGCUCUCAGUCACGACGUCCACUCCGCGCGGUCCGCCUGCCGUUACCCGCGGCGCAAGCCCAAAUAAACUCUAUCUUCUUCUAUACAAACCACAAAAUUGCAUGACAGUGCGGUUCUUUUUUCAAAAAUCAAGCGGGAAACGGCGAAACGCGUAUCAGUUCCAAAAUCAAAAUUGUGUGUUUCGGUGAAAAGGGUGCAAUUGUUUUGCAGGAUUGAAGGAUAUACUAGCCAGGAUUCUUUUUGAUUGAGAAUUGGCAUUUCAUCCUGGCUCGGAACCACAGCACGAACGACAAUCGAUACAAACCAGCGAUCCGUACAUAGUACGAGGCCAAAGACCGCGGACCGUCGGGACACAUCCCGAACUGAGAAACGACGCCGGUGACGUCACAAGAUGGCGUCCACCGACACCUCGACCGCCAGCAGCCAGAUCUCCGCCGGAGCUCCCGAGGAGCACAAGCGAACCGUCGACGAAGCAUUCCUUAACAAACUAAAGAGCCUCGUCGAGAGGUUGCGACUUGAAAAUGUGACCUUAAAGAAAUCGCUCGACGUCGAGCGGAGCGAAGUACGAGCCCUGAAGGCUCACCACGAAAGCGCACUUAGAAAUAUAAAGACUGAACACAAAAAGAAAGAGGAAACCCUAGAGAAACAAAUACGUACAAAUAAGCCAGAUAGAGUCAACGAAGAUAGUCAAGCUAACAAAAUAGUAGAACUAAAAAAGUUGACGAUGGAAAUUCAGUCUUUAAAAGCUGCGAACAAGGGUCUUCAAGAGAAACUUAAGGUCGCUCAGGCGGCGGAGUGUGCGCGCGCAGCCGAGUUGCGCGCGCAAGCGGCCAAGCACGCGGCGCUAGAGCACGCCGCGCGUAGGGACGCACGCGCACAAUGCCAUAAGCUGCUGGAGGAAAUAAAAUCGAAGGAGCGGGUGAUAAUACAGCUGAGGAGAGAAGCGGCGCGGGCGACGACUCUCCAGAAUGAACAGAGUGCAGUGCAGCUGCACUAG